GCCGAUUCCAUGAUGUUUCGAGCGGCGGUGCCGUCAGCGGCAUCACGGGCGAUGGCUUUGCGGCGGCCGCUUGCAAGAGCUAUCCACCAGAAGAAAAACUACGAGGAACUCAAGGCGGACUUCAUGCGUUGGGCGCGCAAGGAAGUUGUUUUGGUAGGGCUGUUCUUGGCCACAGGAGUUGGCGCCGUUGCAGCGUAUGCGUACCGCUCGGAUGCUCCGGUGCAACAAAUUGUGUACACUAUCAACCAAGCGACUGUCGCCGCGGAAAAUGGAAAGACCAUGGAAGCACGGCAGCUGACGCAACGUGCGUAUGCGAUUGCGCAGUCCGUCAGUCCCCAAGAACGGCAUUUGCAUGAACUCGCCUUCUCGAUCGCUGCGCAAUACGAAGCUGCCGAGCAGUACCAUUUGGCGAAGAAGUACUACCUCGAUUCGCUGGAACACAUACCUUUUAUCAAGAACGCCGCCGACAUGGCCGACUUGACUCGCAUGAUCACACUCGAUCGCAUCGCUCAAUGCUGUCAUAACUUGUCGGACGCCGCAAGUGCCAUUCGGUACUACGAAAAGGCGCUGGACCUUCAUGUCCAGCAUAAGAUGGACGUGUGUACCGCCAUGGACGUGGAAGGGUGCGGCAUUUGGUUCAAUUAUGGUAUAUCCCGUCGCUUGGCUAUUUCCACCGUUGUCGUUUAACACGUGCAUCGUUAGCACGCCUCUAUUUAGAUCUGGACCAGCCGGGGAAAGCGAUUGCAUUGCUCGACAUGUCCAAGCGAAUUGCACUCAAGUGCGGGUUGCCCCAAGACAAAAUUCAGCUCGUCGACGAGCAGUUGGCUCUUGCAAGAGGCCGGCUUUUCCAACUCCACCAAAGUAGUUGAAGAGGUGUAGCGCAUCGGUGUGUACAUGUUGUCUACACGCCACGUUUGGUCGCUCUCCACGCAUGUAUACACUUUCAAAAACAGCAUAAUCUGCGGUGAAAAUAUUAUCUUUUGAGCGUUAUUCAAGCAAUUGACCAUUGCAUUAGGUGACUCUCCUCGUCAAGUCGAAAAUAAACAUGAGCCAGACUUCACAAUCGAUUUUGUUAACUGUCGUGAUCGACUUCGC